CGGUCGCUUUUCACAGCCCCGAGAUAUUUUCGGGCAAUUUUUGUCGAUUCCCGUCGAAAGUGACAGGUGUACAUCCAAAUGUAAAAGUGCAAGCUCUUAUGUUUAUUGUGGCAAUUAGAGAUUUUCGUCAAAUCAGUUUCCGCAGGAGAAAUGUAUUAAUCUUGGAUUGUCGUUACACCUCCUCACUCGUUCGCAAAUGCAAAUUUGACGGAUUGUUUUGUUUCGCUGUUUUGGUAAGCGUUGUAUUUGUGACUGCUCGAGGAGCGUUGAUCGAGCGCUACUUCGUCACGAAUUAGCCAAACGCCCCAAUGCCGUUGGAUGUUCCGCUGUAUUACGCUGGCGUAGCGGAUGAAGACAUGCUCGAUGAAUUUCUUUUGGGCAGACGAAAGCUGGAUCAUGGCCAAAGCUCAACCAUGGACGUCCGGAGAUUUCUCAAUGUCAAGUACCAUCAGGCUUCGGUGGGAAAAUUGAAGAAGAUUACAGCAGUAUCAACCAUCGCCAUUAUAUUUUUUAUAGUUAUUAUAUUCACCUUUGGCUCUCCUCCCGCUAAAAAAAUUGUGAUGAAGAAGACUCCUUCGGCUCACGAGUCACCAACUGCUGAGAGGUCUGGUGCCGAGAAACACUCCUUCAUGCUAGCCAUGAAUCCCGACAUUCCCGUCGAACUUUCUCUCAAGUGCAACACGUGCUCUUUAGUGAGCUCUUCUGGAUUGCUGCUGGGCAGCAAUGCAGGCUCGCAAAUAGAUACUGCCGAUUGUGUUUUCAGAUUGAAUUCAGCGCCCACUCUGGGUUACGAGAGAGACGUUGGAAGAAAAACCACUGUUCGGGUUGUGUCGGUGACAAGAUUCAAGUCUAUGAUGAGGGAUUCGUGGCUGGGAACCUUAGCUUCGUUUGAGGAUCUAGAUUACAUGAUACUGCUUGGACCGGAUGAGGUGCUGUGUAAAAAUUGCACACUUUCUAAAUUGUACCAGAAAUUCGCCAAAUACCUAAAAAAUACUGAAGUUCUUCGGGUAACGCAAGAAACCUACCAGAAAGUCAAACAAGAGUCAAGAAAGCUUGGAGUUAAAUACGGAAGGCAGGACCUUCCUAUUUCCACAAGAUUUUACACAAUGAAUCUCGUUCGUCAGUUUUGUCCCCAAAUCAGGGUAUUUGGUAUGGAAUUGGAGAACCCCUGUGAAAGACAUGGAACCGUUCCUCUGUUCUACUGGCUUCCAGAUUCCUGGCAGCGCAAUUGUUUGAGUCAUCACGGAGAAAGAGUUAACCAACAAUUCUUCCAAGGUCUUCUGAGACUUCAACAGGAAAGACAAAUCUUUAAAUCUUGGGCUCACCAGUAUCACAUUGAGUUUUUCUAUCCUUCUCACAAAGUUACAUAAACAAUUUGAAGACCAACAAAACAGUUUAUUUUUUCAAUUAGUUCUUUAUUUAAGAAAGCUACGAAGAACGAAGACAAUGUUUGAACCUCACGUCUGCGUUCUUCUUUACAAACGAUCUAGAGGCGUAAGCACGCAUUCUCCAUGUGAGGGGGGGGAGGGGGAAGUACAAGCGAUUCAUUGGAAAAGGAGGGCGUGCCAACUCUUAAAGAUCCCUACUCCUUAGCUAUGCACUUGAAAUUAUAUCCGAUCAACUGAAUUAUUUUGCGUUACCUUCUCCGGUUUUCUGUGACACAAUAAUGAUUCUUUGCGUGAGCAGGCGUUCUUUAACUUACAUUGCGGCAGAUAUAUUUGAGAGGGUUGAGUUUUAACCUGGAUUGUUGUUAACUAUACGUCACAGUAAGACAGACCA